UUGGGUCAGAUUCAGACAUAAACAUGAUUACAUGAACUGAAACUUCUUACCCAAUCUGCAAUGGGUUCUUUCACUUCAUUUGUUCUAUUUCAUGUUUCGCUUCUAUGGCUUAUCAGUCUGGCCACCGCCCAGUUGAUAUGCUACACCACGGGCAACUUCACCACCAACAGCACCUACGGCAAGAACCGCAACCUCCUCCUCUCUUCUCUCUCCCACAACGUCGCCAAUGCCGGCGGCUUUUACAGCGCCGACGCCGGCCAAGACCCCGACAAGACCUACGCUCUGGCGCUCUGCAGAGGAGACAUUUCCUCCGAAGACUGUAGGAAUUGCGUCAACGUCGCGAGCCAAAUCAUCAUAAACAAUUGUACCAACCAGAAGGAAGCAAUCACAUGGUCAGGGGAGGGUCCUCUAUGCGUCGUGCGGUGCUCGGACGGUAAAAUUUUUGGAUCGGUAGCGACGACUCCCACUCGCGCGUUUUACAAUGUGGGGAAUAUCCCGACUGGAUCGGAAGAUAAGUUUCAUGAGAUUUGGGAUAAUUUGACGGAUAGUUUAGUGAUUGGGGCCUCGAUGGGUUCAAAAGAGCUGAAAUUCGCAACUGGGGAGGCGAAGGUCUCAGAUUUUUUUGAGAGGAUUUAUGCGCUGAUGCAGUGCACUCCGGAUUUAUCACAGAUGGAUUGCAGCGAUUGUCUGCGGCAGGCGGUGAUUCAUUACAGAGGAUGUUGCCGGAGGAACAUAGGUGGCGUUGUUCUCCAACCAAGUUGUGUGUUUAGAUUUGAUCUGUACCCUUUCUAUAAUUCUACUGACAGCAGCAUUACUCCGCCGCCCUCUCCACCAGCGCCUCCCGCCAGAUUUCUUCCGCCGCCGCCAUCAACGAACAGCACAGUUACUACCAAUGGUACGCCCAAAAUGAUUUCUUCUUUUCUUUGUUUGACAACUUUGACCUUUUUAAAAAUUUAUUGUGUUACGGACAAAAAAACUCUUUUUUGAAA